GCAACCGCAUCUUUUUCCCCAUCCCUCCCCAACUCCCGACGGCCGACGGGCCAUCAUCCCGAUCUCCACGCCCCCCCUGCUCGCUCGGCGCCCGCCACCCCCAUGGCGAUGAGGCCGCCGGCGCCGGUCGACGACGCCAUGCGCGCGGUCUUCACGCGCCUGCCGGCGGACGACCCGAGGAGCCUCGUCCGCGCCGCCGCCGUCUGCAGGAGCUGGCGCGCCAUCCUCUCCGACCCCGGCUUCGCCCACGGCUACCGCGCGCUCCACGGGGCGCCGCCCAUGCUCGGCUUCCUCCACAACGAGUACCGCAGGGGCAACCGCUUCGUCCCCACUUCGACCUUCCGCCGGCGGGCGUCGCAGGACCGCCCAGACUGCCAGGUCCUCGACUCCCGGCACGGCCUCGUCCUCCUCUACGCUCCUGCAUACGACCCCCCUCUUGAAGCCCGCGACCUCGUCACCGGCGACUGGUGGGACAUCGACGACGACCCCAAGUGCCGCGACAUCAUGCACUGGCCGGGCGACGGCCCCGACGACUUCUUCAGCGGGACUGGGAUGCGCUGUAAUGCCACGGUGCUCUGCGCCAAAGAUCGGUGUGACCACCUCGACUGCCAUGGCGGCCCUUUCCUCGUGGCCUUGGUGGGCUCUGUGGAGGAAGGAGGCAUUGCCCUCGCCACUGUCUACUCGUCGGAGACUCGUCAGUGGAGCCACAUGAUCUCUGUUCAGAGUCCUGGUUUGCGCAUCGAUGACGGAGGGCACACUGCUGUGGUGGGAGAUAUGGUCUAUGUCCCCAGUUAUGAGUGUGACAGUGUCGUGGAGUUCAACAUUCGUGAGCAACAACUAUCUGUGAUCAAUGUGCCAGAGAGCCUGGGCCAAGGAUUCCUUUACCUCAUCGGUGUGGAGGACGGCAUGCUGCUGUUUGCGUCCGUGCUCAAGCCUAGACUCUAUCUAUUGUCAAUGGAGGCUGGUCCUAGAGGAGCUGCGGCAUGGGCGCGACACAGGGUCGUUGAGCUUGAGCCGUUGCUCCCUCGUCGUGCCCUCUUGGACAUGUCGAGCUCGGACGUGUGGACGGUUGGUUUCGCGGAAGGAGUUAGGGUCAUCUUCCUCAGAACACCGGCUGGGUGUUAUGCAGUUGAGCUUAAUUCAGGCCGAGCCAACAAGGUGGGUGAAUUUAGCAUUGAAAAGGUCAUGCCCUACGCGAGGUUCUGCACUGGAGGUACAUACAGACUAGUCAACAAGGUGCAUGAUGAACAGGGCAUUAAAAGGUCAUCACCCCCAUGGCGAUGCCGCUGAGUCCGCCGGCGCUGGUUGACGAUGCCAUGCGCGCGGUCUUCAUGCGCCUGCUGGCGGACGACCCCAGGAGCCUCAUCCGCGCCGCCGCCGUCUGCAGGGGCUGGCGCGCCAUCCUCUCCGACCCCGGCUUCGCCCGCGG